AUGCCAAAGAUCCUUUGUCUGCACGGGUUUCUGCAAAACGGUAAGGUGUUCUCCGAGAAGUCCUCUGGACUUCGUAAACUGUUGAAGAAGAGUAACAUCCAAAUGGAUUACAUCGAUGGUCCAGUGGUUCUCGAGAAGAAAGACCUGCCCUUUGAAAUCGAAGACGAUAAGUGGAAGGAGAUUGUCGAUAUUGGAGUCAACAGAGCUUGGUUCUACCACGAUAACGUUUCCAAGAAUUUGGACUUGACCGACGCUAUCGACUUCGUGGUUAACCACAUCAAGACCAACGGGCCGUAUGACGGCAUCUUGGGCUUCUCACAAGGUGCAGCACUUUCCACAAUCAUCGCCAACUCAAUAAAGAAACUCACAGGCGAGCCAUACUUCAAAAUCGCCAUCCAAGUCUCUGGUUAUUCUUUCACAGAGCCAGCUGAGAAUGGAGAAGGGCUCCAGAUCACUGAGAAGUACAGAGAGUCGUUCAAAGUCCCAGUCGACGACGACGCUUACAACACAACUAACGUCUUCAUCUAUGGCUUGAACGAUAACAGUGUUCCGUGUGAAAGAUCAAAGUACUUGUCAGAGCUGUAUCCAGAAUCAAACAGAAAAAUCUUUGAACACGAUGGUGGACAUUUCGUUCCAAAUAAGAAGGACUUCCUAAGACCUGUUGUCGAGGUUGUGGAACAAGCGUUGGCCGAGUGA